AUGACCUCAUCGGCCAAUUCAUCGUCUCGACCUGCCGUGUACUCGAGCAACCAGGCCACAUCAUCAACGCCGCUGGUUCACCCGUCUUCUUCAUCUUCGUCUCCCUUCGCCUUUGUGCCGAAGCCCGUCGGUAAGGAUGGCCACGACAGUUUCAAGGACGCCUUCGAGCAAGCGAGGGACAAGCUCCAUCUCUUUGAGCGACGCUUCGGUGGCGACGACGGGCGGGAGACGACGACCACCGCCACCGCCACCGCGGCCCAAGACGCCACGGCGACGCCUACGAAGGGCGAAGGUAAGCGAAAGAGGAGCGAAGGUGGCAGCAGCGACAGCGAGAAGAAGCGAACGGAAAAGAAAUCGAAGAAGGGCGAUGAAGGAGGCGCGGACGAGCAGAAGAAGAAGAAAAAGAAGAAGGACAAGAAGAGCAGCGGCAAGAGCAAGCCGAAGAAGGAGGACGGGAGCGCGUCCCUGGCGCUGGACGAGAAGCCGGAGGGCGGCUUCACCUUCAUGCAGGGUGCCUACUUCAUCCUCAAGCGCGAGCAUCGCUUCAUGACCGCGAAGGAGAUCGUGGCCAUUGGGGUCGCCGAAGAUCUGUUUGCGUCGUCGAAGGGAAAGACGCCAGAAGCCACCGUGGCCGCUGGCAUCUACGUGGACCUCAAGAAGCCCAUCUCCCAAUUUUGUCAAGGGUGCAAAGUGGGCAAGCGAGGGUUCGGGCUGAGCGAGUGGAAGGACUUGGAGUCCAUCCCCGGUCCGCCCGACACUCCCGUCAAGACGAGGCGACGGACGACCAAGAGCGAGGAGGGAACGAAGAAGAAGCAGACGUCGGCAUCAUCCACGUCGUCGCGGCGAACAGCGAAGAAGCGCGAUGAGGAGGAGGAAGCGCGGAGGAGACGACAAGCCCUGCUCGAAGAGGAGGACGCCGAGGAGGAGGAAGAGGAGAUCGAAGAGGAGAUGGUCAUCGUAGAGGAAGAAGAAGAUGAAGAAGAGGCCAGCGGACAGGGCGACAGCACCACUUCACCCCCCAACGCGCUCCGACCUCUGCCCUUCGGCUCGCCACUGGCCUUUUAA